AUUUGGAAACAACCCUCCCUACGAUUUAUAUCAGCCGACCAAAACUUCCUAUUUCGCAUCUGACAACCCAGAACUUUAUUUUGUGCGGGUGUUCAUUCCGUUGUUUUUGGUGUUUGUAAAAGAUUCGGAAUCGUCUGACGCGUUACAAUUAGAGUAGAUAAGUGCUACAAACCGUGUGUCUUUGUUUUUACUUUUGUGUAAAUUUCGAAUAGCAUAUCAACGUACUGUUCUGUUGGUUGUCGUCUUUUGCUGGGUUACACAACUCACUAGAUUUAGGUUACUUUUUUGUAAAGGGAGGAAGUGUAAAAGUACAUUCGCAAAAAAAUGGAUAACCCGAGUAGUUCUCCGGAACAAAGGACGCUUACGAUCGUUGUUAAAACGCCGAAUCAAGCCCACCACGAUCAGAUUAUCAAAGGUAUUGAUAUAAACUGGACGGUGAAGGAUUUGAAGAAGCACUUAUUCCAAGUAUACCCAAAUAACCCGCCCGAGAAAGACCAGAGAAUCAUCUACUCAGGCAAGCUGCUCCUGGACCACCUGCCAAUCCGAGAUGCCUUCAGAAGGUCGGACCCAAUGCCCACCGUUCACCUGGUCUGCACCUUCAGGGCUCUACCGGCGGGUCAACUGGGAGCUCAGCCCAAGGCUCAGGUGACGCCGGCGGAGCAGCGGAGGGGGGGUCCCUCGCCCCUCGUGACCGGAGAGGACUCGGGCGCCCCCGCGACCCCUCCGUCACCCCCGUCGGGGCCCCAAGCAGAUGGGCUGAGACGCAGAGGACACCCCGCGGGCUCGACGCCCCCCUGGACCGGUGCCACAGCGCCCUCCCCGGCGCAGAUGACACACCCGACGUUCCCCACCUACUCCCUCUACAGCCCCCAGCAGCUGCUCUGGCUGCAGCAGAUGUACGCCCGCCAGUACUACAUGCAUUACCAGGCCGCCAUGGCAGCCGCUGCCUCCGCCCCCGUGACGCCCGCCCCCGCCCCCCACCCCGCCGCCCUGCCCAACCCGGCGCCCAUCGACAACCUGCCGGCCAAUCAGAACGUGGCCGACCCCCAGUUCAUCAACCCGGGCGGGGCCAACCCGAACUUGCGCAUGAACGCCCAGGGCGGGCCGGUGAUGGAGGACGAGGAGGACGGCAACCGCGAUUGGCUGGACUGGGCGUACACGGCGGCGCGCUUCACCGUCUUCCUGAGCAUCGUGUACUUCUACUCCACCCUCAGCCGCUUCGUCCUGGUCAUGAGCAGCCUGUUCUUCAUGUACCUGCACACGGCUGGCUGGUUCCCCUUCCGCCGGAGGCCCAUAGUCCCAGUUGCAAAUGAACAGGCGCCAGAGGUCAUCCAGAACCAGCAGAACCAGAACAGGAACCCAGAGCUGGGGGAUGUCCCAGUUGGUGGAGGCAAUGCAAAUGCAGAUGAGGGUGCAGAAGAAGAGGGCGGGGCGGUGCAGGAAGGGGCGGUACCGGAAGACGCCGCUCUCCCAAACGCGGUGCUCGUGCCCCCGCACAGAGUGUCUCUGGCCUGGACUGUGUGGGUCUUCUUCAAGGGCUUCUUCGCCUCCCUGAUCCCCGACAUUCCGCAGGGCGUGGCCAACUGAACGGCAGCGGCACGGCGGCACCAUGACAUCACUGUGGGGGCGGGGCCAAGCCUUGUGGGGGUGGAGAUUUUACGUGGUCGGAGAGCGUUUUUGGGAUGUCCUGUGGAGGAGAGCCGUCUGUGGUGAUUUCUGACGCAUUCACGCUGAGGGAGAAGCUGUCUGUUAACUUAUAAACAUUCCUGUCCCCUCACAAAGGACAGUUGCCAAUCCAGCUGUGUCGCCCCCGGCAACCGUGGUCAGGGAACUGAGCACCGCCCCUUUUCUCCAGAACUCCUGCGGAUGCGUAAGAGACGUGUAAAUCUGCGUGACUCAAGGGCAGCACUUUUGUAUACGGUUGAGUUCCUCUUUUUAAUAUUAUUAUGCACGUUGCUUCUCGCCGCGGCUAUCUUCAGUCGAGGUUUGUCCGUCCUCCUAUCCUAACGAAGCCACGCCCCUCUUCCAGGAUUUGUGAUUGGACCUGAGGUGUGACGGCGCAGCGAGCGUGUGCGAGCGCGAGCGCGCACGUGUGCCCGAAUGCUGGUGCACUGGGAGGUAUUAAGUGUGUCCGUGUGUGUAGGGGAAAGAUGGGGGCUCAUGGGUCCUAGUCAGAGGACCAUGCAGUAGAGAGAGAGAGAGAGAGGGGGAGAAAUUAGGGGGAGAGAUUAGGCUGAAGGGAGCACUCGUUUCUCUUUCGCUUUUCCUUUCCCUUUCUAUGCCAAAGCUGCAGGUGAAGAUGCAAAAGAAGUUUCUCUUGAUCAAGUGUCUUGUGACCCACAAUUGUUUUGAAGUAAUAAUUCUCAGCAUUGUGGAUAUUAAUCCUUAACAUGCACAUGCUAAAUGUAGUUUAAUAUUAAUGUAUCUCUUGGUAUCAACAUUAAAUAAUCUAUACAAUACUAAUCCCAUUUGGGAUGGUUCCUUUUAAUGGUACCCACAUACACUGAGUGUAGUUUUAUUAUUUCUGCCAAUUAAAUCAGUCUGUUUAAUAUAUUUCCAUGCUUUCUAUUGUAAAGACCAGCUCUUUUAUCGACGCUGUUGAGAAAAUGUCUGAAAUGAAUCUGUAUUCGCGUGAAGGUUUAUUAAAUAAAUCUAUUUAUUUUGUCAGUCUG